CGCCGCUGUAGAGCCCGUCAGUAGAGCCGGGAGUCAGGAGCUGGACCUGUGCCCGGGCUUCAGGCGAGCUAUGAGUUUAGGACAGCGGAACUAUUCACAAAAACAAUAAUGCGUUUUAAAACUUCCGGCAGACGGUAAACCUGCGUCUGGUUUCUCGCUGCAAGCCGCCCGGGUUCCCGGAGACCGCACGCCGGCGCUCUCUGAAGCAAAUGUAGCUGUUCCGCUUUCUCGGACAGCGGGUUGGAGAGCUAGCGCGCUGCUAGCCUUCACCGAGCCGACUUGAGUGACAGCUUAGUGACGGAGAGGGGGGAGAAAAAAGUGCUCGGUUUUGGUCGUGAAUUGACCAAAAAACUCCAGAAAACGACUUUUUUCUCUUGAUUAUCGGAAGAACAUUUCUACAGAAGGUUUGUGUGAUUUUGCCAAAAUGCAACAUCAUCAGCAGAGGAUGGCAGCUUUAGGGACGGACAAAGAACUGAGUGACUUACUAGACUUCAGCGCGAUGCGAAACAGCGAUUUGAAAACGUUCCCAACAUCAAUGAUGUUUUCUCCUCCGGUUAGCAGUGGGAAAAACGGACCGACCUCACUGGGAAGUGGGCACUUCUCUGGCUCAACUGUGGAAGACAGACUAAGCUCAGCAUCCUGGGGAAAUGGAAGCCGCAUAACAAAGAUUUACGUCGACGGCUCUCAGUACUCUCACAUGACCGGCCGGGAAUUGGGGUCACAUGAUGCUGUCUCUCCACCCUACGUGAAUUCUAGACUGGCAGGUAAAACAGAAAGAGCAUCAUACUCAUACAGUCGUGACUCAAACCUACACGGGUGCCAUCAGCAGGGCAUCAUGGGAGGUGAAAUGGGAAUGGUGAGUCCCGGGACGGUUUCCCCCACUAAACCAGGCUCUCAGUAUUAUCAGCACUACAGCAGCAACCAACGGCGGAGACCACUACACAGCGACUCAAUGGAGGUCCAGACAAAGAAAGUGCGCAAAGUUCCACCAGGCCUUCCCUCUUCGGUAUACGCGCCGCCAGCCAGCACUGCAGAUUAUAACCGAGACUCGCCGGGCUAUCCAAGCUCUAAAGCACCCAGUGGCAGCUUCCCCACCUCCUUUUUUAUGCCAGAUGGUCAUCACAGUACAGACCCAUGGAGCUCCUCCAGUGGAAUGAAUCAAGCAGGUUACAGUGGAAUGCUGGGAAAUUCCUCCCAUGGCCCUCAGAGCAGCAGCUACUGCGGCUUGCACCCACACGAGAGACUUAGUUACCCAUCACACUCCUCGGCUGAGAUUAACCCCAGUCUUCCUCCGAUGUCCACUUUUCAUCGCAACAAUGGCACAAAUCACUACAGCACCGCCUCCUGCACAGCGACCACAAAUGGAACAGACAGCAUUAUGCCUAAUCGAGGGGCAAGUGGAGCUGCAAGCAGCUCACAGACUGGGGAUGCAUUAGGAAAGGCCCUGGCCUCGAUCUACUCUCCAGAUCACACCAACAACAGUUUUUCCUCAAACCCCUCCACUCCAGUGGGAUCUCCACCCUCUCUCACAGCUGCAAGUUCAGCCGUUUGGUCCCGAAAUGGUCAGGGAGCUUCAUCCCCAAACUACGAGCCUCCAAUUCACUCACUGCAAAAUCGUAUAGAGGAUCGUCUGGAGAGACUGGAUGAUGCGAUUCAUGUCCUUCAGAGGCAUGCGGUUGGCCAUGGUGACCUGCACGGCCUUAUCACGCCAUCGCACACACACUCGCAUUCACACACACACUCACACUCACACACCCACAACGGAGCUAUGGGCAGCCUGAGCACAAGCUACGGCACCGGCCUACUGCCGUCCAACAGACACUCCCUCAUGGUGGGGUCUCAUCGUGAGGAGGGAGUCGGGUUGCGUAGUGCUCACUCCAUUGUGCCCAAUCAAGUGCCCGUUCCUCAGCUGCCGGUUCAGUCUGCCACCUCACCAGAUCUCAAUCAGCCUGAUCCGUACCGGGCGCUCUCCAGUGGACUGCAGGGCCAGAGCGCAUCUUCAGUGAGCUCAGACAUUAAAUCGGAGGACGAGGGAGAUGAGAACCUGCAGGACACCAAACCUCUGGAUACCAAGAAGGAGGACUUGGACAGCAAGGAGCUGAAAGCUAUAGAUAGGUCAUUAUCUAGCAACAAUGAUGAUGAGGAUCUGACUCCAGAACAGAAGAUCGAGCGUGAGCGUGAGAGACGGAUGGCGAAUAAUGCACGAGAGCGCCUCCGUGUGCGAGACAUUAACGAGGCGUUUAAGGAGCUUGGGCGCAUGGUGCAGUUACACCUGAAAAGUGAUAAACCACAGACCAAACUGCUUAUUCUGCACCAGGCCGUCGCUGUCAUUCUCAGUCUUGAACAGCAGGUCCGAGAGAGGAACCUGAAUCCAAAAGCAGCAUGUCUAAAAAGGCGAGAAGAGGAGAAAGGGUCCUCGGAUGCUCCGCCCCUUUCAAUGGGCGGUGCUCACCACAGCAUGAGCGAUGCCUCCAAUCCAAUGGGACAAAUGUCAAAGCUGCCAGAGUUUAUGAAAAUGAUGAGCGACCACUUUCUUUGACGACAUCACUUCCUGUCCUGGAAGUCUGUUAAACAAUCAAAUCUGACCAGAUCAAUCAAUCAAUCAGAUUUCUGAUGAGUCACCUUAUUUUGUUCAUUCCUCUCCAUGAUCCCUUAUGUUUCUCUCUCUUCUUUUUACAUAGUAACCUUACAUGUGCAUUGGCUAUGGGGAAAAAAAAUCUUCUCUCCUUUUCAACAUUCCCAACUAAUUAUAAUUUUUUUCUUAUCUUUUUUUUUGUUUGUUUGUUUUUUUUUUUUUUAUUAUUUAGAAUAUGUGCAAAUGGUUGGGGAUUCUUUAAACAUAUCAUGAUGUAAAGGUUGGAAAAGAGCUGUUAUGGGUUCUACUAAAAAUCUGUUGUUUUUAAGGGAGUUUUUUUUUCUUUUUCGUAUCAUGGACAACCUUUCUCUUUCCGAGAGAGUAAAUAUGUAAUACGGGAAAGAGGGAGAGUUAGCCGCAACAACAGUGUACACUUUUACAAACUAGUGUAAAAACUUGCAAUAACACUCAUUCAAAAAAAAAAAAAAAAGUGUACUUCUAGCACAGCGGUUCAACGAGACGCCACUGUGUGUUUAAAAAAAAAACAGCAUGUGAGUAGAGCAGGACAAGAAAUGACUUUUUAACCAGCAAACUCCCAGGUGAGAUGGAGAUUUUAAACAACUUCAAAGGUCAUUCCAGCACAUAAAUCUGAUUCUAUCUUACAGAAUGGUUGACUAUUACAGAGAAAAUGCUUUGUGUAGAUAAUGUUAUAGUGCAGAUUUUAAACGCUACUCUCUCUCCUUGUCGGAACCAGUGGUGUUUUUUUUAAUUAUUAUUAUUUAUUUUGAUGAUUUGGUUUGUUUUCUUUUUGCCCUACGUCUCUCUCUCUCUCUCUCUCUCUCUCUCUGUGUCUCUUUCUCUCACUUUGUCUCUAUCUCUCUCUUUCUCUCUCUCUCUCUCUCUCUCUCUCUCUCUCUCUCUCUCUCUCUCUCUGUCUGUCUUUUUUCCUUGUCAUUCCCCCCAGCAAAUGCAAUUUUAAACACGCUACACUUGUACCAACGUGCCUUUUAGAGUUCAUAUCAUCACACAGUGCGAGAAGGACGUUAUCAGAAACAUUUUUUAGGAUGCAAGCUUAGGGAGAAUCGUUAGUCAUUAGGUCUAUGCAGUCAGGUGUUUUGCAGCCUGGGAUUUAAAAAAAGUCAAAAGGAAAAAAAACGUAUUUUUUGGAUAAACUGUAUUUAAUGUACUGUAUGCCUAUAUGUAAUUAGAAGGCGUGUCCUGGACAGAGUAUCGGAUAUAUAAAUACGAUUCUCAGUCCUGCCCCCGAGUUCACCUUAAACCCCGCUCUCCCUCGAAGCUCACACUUUCCAUUGACACGUCUGUUAUCAAGCGUUGUAUAAUAGCUUAUUACCUGCUUUUUAUGAAUAUUGGCUUGUCCUUGAGCCGCUGUAGUCUUCAGUACAAAUGUGUGGUUGUAUGUGUAAAAAUGACUUCUUUCUCUUUUUUAAAAAAAAUUAUAAUUAUCUCUUAUUCUUUGUCUGUUUUUGGUUUCUGUUAAAAAAAAAAAAAAAAAAAAACAAAGAAAGAAAAAGGGGGAAAACGUGUUCAGCCGUAUGAGAUUCAACAGCGGCUCCUGCUUUUUUCUGUGUUUUCUUUUCCUUCUCCAAUCAACACGAGGCACUGAAACUGGAAAAAAUUUAUUAGAAAAUCAAUAUAUAUAAAUGUAGAAAUAUAUACAAUAUAUAAAAAAGUGUUGUUUUCAAAAGGAGAGAUUGAUGCAGAAUGGUUUCUGAUUUUUCUUUUUGGGUUUUUUUGUUUCUUUGUUUUCCUGGAGCGCUGCGAUACAUCAGUGUUCAUUUAAAAAAAAAAAAAAAAAAAAGAAAAGAGUGAGAUGUGACUCCAUAGUGAUCCGAUGUGUCAUGCGACAGUACGGAAGCCUCUGCAGGACAAAAAGGAUCAGAGCCCAGCUCGCCCGGCUGGCUACCGAAACAGACAUUUGUACAUUUUAUGCAACAAAUGCAAACUCAAACCAUUAUUUUGAAAUUGUGUAUGUAAAAGUUAUAUUUUUACAUGUAGACUGUUGUUAUUUUGUGUUUAGAUAAAAAAAAUUGUAUCGGUUUCUCUUUUUUUUCAUUCUUUCCUUCUUUCUUUGUUAAAAGGCGAAAAAGUAACAGUAACUCUGUGUGUUAAAAAAAAGUGUCACAUUUGAAAUUGUAGUGAGGUCAAAAAGCUUCGAAAAAAUUGUUUCUUUUAAGGAAAAAAAAAACAUUGUUUAUAUUCCUGGGAACAUUUUUCUUUUUUCCGAAGAAAACAGGAGGUUGGAAAACAAAGGUAUAUAAUAAUUGUCUCAAUCUCUAUGAUCACGACAUUGCCAUGAUUAAUUGUACAUUUUUGAAGAGAUGUGUGUAAAUAGUCAGGGUUUAUGUCAUUUUGGUUACUGCAGCUGGUAGAGUAACACGGUUUUAGAUUCAAACCCAGCAUUUUUUUUCUCACACGUCCAACUGUUAAAAUAAAUGACUGCUGUCUGUUCACGUCAGUAAUCAACAAGAGUUCGGUCUUUUUUGUAAAAUACUGAAGAACAGAAUAAUUGACUUAACUCAGUUGAACAUGGUGCUUCGAAGCAGACAUUUGCCAUUAGCUAUUAAACUCGCUUUUUUUCUCCUGUGUAAAUUGUCUCUGGUACAUCUGGAUUGCUUUUUUAUAUUCUUCAUUCUAUCAUGCUUGUUUUGCUUUCCAAUGCAUUUUUACUGCAGUGUUUCAUCAGAGAAUCAGCACCAAGAAUUGAGAAUUGUUUUCAAGGAUAUGAUGGAAAUGAGAACUUUUUUUGUUUUUUCGCAAGGGCAAGCCUUUGAUACCCAGGAGUGUUAGUGAAAUAAGCAAAAAGAAAAAAUGUGCCACAGAUUUUCCAAUUAAUUUCUGAUUAGUUCCUCACUGUAUAUGUUCAUGAUGUAUAAAUUAUUUUUUUUUACAGAAUGUCACAAGCAACAAACUCGUGCACAGUGUUCUCCAAUUGACCACUUACCUUUACCUUCAUCGCAAACAUUUUUUCUUUUAAAGCAUCUGAACACUUUGUCACUGCCAGAUACACUCUGGAAAAAAAAGAAAAACGCCAGUAUUUAAAGUUUCAUUACUCAAAAGUGAAAUGUCUUAAUCCAGGGUGAGAAGAGUAUCUUGCACUCCAGCUGGAGGAUUUCAGUGGAACAAUGAAAAUAAUCUACAAUUUUUGUCUCUUUUAUUUUUAUUUUUAAUUUUUUCCAAAAAUUAGGAACAAAUAUUGACUUCACCACUGAAAAUGCAAACCUAUUCCAUUUGUCUUCAUCUCCCAGACCCCCACCCUCCCCAAACUCCAAUUGAAUGGUGACACUUGUCAUAUGCACAUUUCUGGGAGUCUUCCAUGAUGGUUUUCUUUUCAGUUUGAAGUUUCUUAAUUCAUGCAACAACCUUUAAAAAAACUUUAAAAAAUAAACAAAAAAAAUCACUUACGAACAAGCACAAAACAACUGCAAAAUGAACACGUGCGUGGAUCAGAGACAAAAAAAAGCCUGUCAAUUAUCUCCCAAAAGUAUAUGUGGUUUUAAACGUUUAUUUCAAAGUAUUACACUCAUGUAACAGUACAAACAAAUUAUAAUGCCUUUUUUUUUUUCAUUCUUGUUACUUGUGAUGCAAUUACAUGACAAUACAAUAAUCAAAGAUUUCCCGUAUACCAGUGCCUGGCUUUUUGUUAUACGACAAUGUUUUUCUCUAGAGAUUUUUUUUGCUAUAAAUAUCAGACUAGCACACCCUAUUGUUACACAAGAAAUGAGUACUAAAUUAAACAUAUUAUAUUUGGCUCAUUUUUUUUGCAGGGGCAAUCGUUCCAUAUCAGGAAUAUUGAUAAAGUUAGAAAGGAACAUGAUAACCAGCCCAACUGGCCAACUGCAUUAUUAUACUUUUUGGGGGGGAAUAUUGUGAAAAGAAUAAUAAAAAAAAAUAAAAGCAUACUUUAUUUUAAUAUUUAACAUUGUUUUUUGUUUGUUACUCAGACGAAGCUAUAGGGUGUGAAAAUGAGGGGACAAGCGGAUCCAUCAAAAACCUGAGCAGAUUUCAAAACCCAUUUAAGCAUAUAUAACAGUUACACCUUGUUUCUAAACGUGUGGCUGUGUGCCUCAAGCCUUUUAUUAUCAUUUUUUUAUGUAAUUUCUGUUGUGUUCUUGUUUAUAUUCAUUUUCAUUUCUUACUUUUUUUGGUGAUUACCUUUUUCCAUUUGAAUUAUGUUUAUUAUAUUAUAAUUAUUAUUGUCAUUGUUAUUGUUGUUCCUUGUUUUAAGACUAGUAUCAGUGUGUAAACGGAUUGUGUGCUGGAGUUUUCUCUUUGAGCCAGCUCAUCCUCGGCCAUUUGCCUGUCGGUUUUCAUCUUGUAGUUAAUCAAUGAAGUCAUGUACAUGACCAUUCUGUAGCAAUAAAUGUGCCAUUUUUAUAACUGA